UGUCAGUAAAAACCUUGUUAUCAUUUUGUGCAAGGGAGUGGGCAAUCUAUAGUUGUCUUCAUCUAUGGACUGACAUUCAGAUCGCGUCGUUUUUAGUAUUCAACACGGGGAAAGUACGGCGUCAUAAAUAAUUGUGAAAUCAAUUCAACGAUCUUCGAACUACUGCUGCGAAAUUGAACGACGUUCAGCAAAAUGGGAGACAGAGACAGAAGUUCAGACCGAGGUGCACGUGUUUACGUCGGAGGCCUCGAAGACGGGGUCAAAAAAGAAGACCUUGAGGAAGAGUUUCAAAAGUUCGGCAAAUUGAACAAUGUUUGGAUUGCGUUGAACCCCCCUGGGUUCGCUUUCAUUGAGUUUGGCAAUCUUUCAGACGCGGAAGCGGCUUGCGAUAGCUUGAACGGUAUCGAUUUUCUCGGUUCGAAAUUGAGGGUUGAAAUCGCUAAAGGCCGCUCGAGAGGCGGCGGUCGCGGAGGAGGCGGUGGAGGUUUUAGAGGCGGGAGAGGACGUGGUGGAGGAGGAGGAGGUCGAGAUGGCGGUGGUUUUCGCGACGGGGGCAGCUUUAGAGGAGGCCCAGGCGGUGGCCGAUUCGACCGAGGAAGACGAGGAGGUGGAGGCGGUGGCUUCCAGGGCGGCAGACGCGAUGAAGGCAAUCGGUUUGGCGGCCGGGACUUCGACAGAAGAAGCGACUCCUUUGGAAGUGGAGGAAGCGGUGGUGGUGGACGUGGCGGGCCACCCAGAAGGUUCGGCAGUAGUGGCGGUGGAGGUGGCGGCAGCUACCGCUCCCGAUCCCCGAUGGGAGGCCCCAGGCGUUAAGAAGCAGCAGUUAUAGAUGUUUAUUUUCAAGUUUUCCUGUUGCUUUUGGCUCGGAAGCCUGGUUUUUAUAACUAUUGUGAGAUAUUUCGCGGACAAUUUGUAUUUUAAUAAGGAGUCACCCUCCUUGUACAGGAUGUUCAUGUGAGAGAGACACGAGCUCUCUCCUAGGUUUAAGUUAUUAAUAUGUUAACAGCACGUUUGCCAGGAAUGCCAAAGCUUAGUGUGUGAAAAUUUCGUAAAUGCAUUGACAUUGUUUAAUCGGUUUUAGUCGGUUUGUUCUCGACUGGAAUUGCUGGUGUUAAACACUGCAAUUAAUGAGGAAAAAGCUAAGAUCUCUUAGGCCCUUUAGGUUGUGGAUGUCUUUAUUAUCUUCAUAUCGUGAUGUGUUUGUAGUAGUAUCCCGCAUUCACGUUUUUGACGAUGUUAAUAUUUUUAAUCUAAGGCAGAAAUGGUUGUUCGUAGCUUAGUCCUAUACCGACAAACUAUUUUACAAUUUGUAAGUGAAAACAAUCUUCCGGCUCGCUCUAAAGCAGCAAAAUUGUAAUUUUUAUGUUUAAAUAAAGUCAGGAUACCGUAA